AUGGCGCCAGGCAUCUUGGAGGCAGAUACUGAGGUUGCUGUCGAGAAGGUGACCUCGCUGGCACAGCUUACCGACGACUGGGAUGAUACAAUCCGGUUUUAUCUUAACGGCACUAAGGUCGCCGUCGACGACGUUAACCCUGAAGUGACGCUGCUGGAAUACCUGAGAGGUAUCGGUUUGACCGGAACGAAACUUGGUUGUGCCGAGGGAGGCUGUGGCGCUUGCACAGUGGUGGUCUCGCAUAUCAACCCUACCACAAAGAAAAUAUAUCACGCCUCCGUCAACGCUUGUCUUGCCCCUCUGGUCAGCAUCGAUGGAAAACACGUCAUUACUAUUGAAGGAAUUGGAAAUGUGGACAAUCCCCAUGCGGUCCAGCAACGGAUAGCCGUUGCAAAUGGCAGUCAAUGUGGGUUUUGUACUCCGGGAAUUAUAAUGAGUCUGUAUGCCUUGCUCCGUAACGAUCCUACUCCUGAUGAACAUGCGGUCGAAGAGGCUUUUGAUGGAAACCUGUGCCGCUGUACCGGUUACAGACCCAUCCUUGACGCCGCGCAGAGUUUUAACUCUCGCAACAACUGUGGUAAAGCGAGUGCCAAUGGAGGUUCUGGUUGCUGCAUGGAAAAGGGCGCUGGUGGCUGUUGUAAGGGGUCAACUUCAACCACUGACGAGGAAAAGCCGGAGCCAAAAUUCCCGGCUCCAGACUUCAAGGCUUACAGCCCGGAUACAGAGCUGAUCUUCCCAUCGGCGCUGAGAAAACACGAAUUUCGACCCUUGGUAUAUGGAAACAAGAGGAAGAAGUGGUACCGACCAGUAACAGUCGAGCAGCUGUUGCAAAUCAAAAGUAUCCACCCGGAUUCCAAAUUGAUUGGUGGAAGCACAGAAACUCAGAUCGAGAUCAAGUUCAAGGCCAUGAAUUACGCCGCGUCAGUUUAUCUGGGUGAUAUUCCCGAGCUGAAGCAGUAUUCUUUCCACGAUGAUUACCUUGAAAUUGGUGCCAAUAUCUCAUUGACAGACCUAGAGUCUGUCUGCGAAGAGGCAAUCAAACGUUAUGGAGCUGUUCGAGCCCAGCCUUUCAAGGCGAUCAAGAAACAACUACACUAUUUUGCUGGGCGGCAAAUCCGGAAUGUCGCGUCCCCGGCUGGAAAUCUGGCAACCGCAUCCCCCAUCGCAGACUUGAAUCCGUGCCUCGUCGCCACAAACACCACUCUUGUUGCCAAAUCACUUUCGGGAGAGCAAGAAAUCCCUAUGACAGAAUUCUUCGUGGGCUAUCGUAAAACAGCUCUACCCCAAGACGCUAUCAUUUCCAGCCUUCGAAUUCCUGUUGCCACCGAGAAAGGUGAACAUUUCCGCGCUUACAAGCAAGCGAAGCGCAAGGAUGAUGAUAUUGCUAUUGUCACAUCUGCACAGCGAGUUUCGUUAUCUGAAACCAACGAUGUGAUCAGUUGCAACCUUGUCUUCGGUGGCAUGGCGCCGUUAACAGUGUCUGCAAAGAAUGCCGAGGCUGCGUUGAUUGGCAAGAAAUUCACCGAUCCUGCAACACUGGAAGCUGUGAUGAGUGCCUUGGAAAUUGACUUUAAUCUUCCCUUUGGAGUCCCUGGUGGUAUGGCGACUUACCGAAAAUCACUAGCAAUGGGCUUUUUCUAUCGAUUCUACCAUGAUAUCCUGUCCGGCCUCGAAGUGAAGUCUUCCGAUCUUGACCCUGAUGUGGUGGCUGAGAUUGAAAGAGCCAUCUCUACAGGAGAGAAAGAUCACGAGGCGUCUGUGAAGUACCAGCAAACUAUUCUUGGCAAGGCAACUCCGCAUGUUUCGGCACUCAAACAGGCUACUGGCGAGGCGCAGUACACCGAUGAUAUUCCAGUACAGCAGAAUGAACUGUUUGGCUGUAUGGUCUUAUCUACCAAGGCCCAUGCUAAAAUCAUUAGUGUGGACUACGCGGCAGCACUGGACAUCCCGGGUGUCGUUGAUUAUGUCGAUCACCGAGACUUACCGAAUCCUGAAGCUAACUGGUGGGGUGCGCCUGUUUCUGAUGAGCAGUUCUUUGCCGUUGACAAAGUAAAUACGGCUGGUCAGCCAAUCGGUGUCAUUUUGGCCACGAGUGCCAAGAUUGCGGAGGCUGGUAUGCGGGCUGUCAAGGUGGAGUAUGAGGACUUACCUGUCAUCCUUACUAUCGAAGAGGCAAUUGAGGCGGAGUCUUUCUUUGGCCAUUACCGCUACAUCAAGUGUGGUGAUACAGAAGAGGCUUUCAAGCAGGCCGAUCAUGUCUUCGAAGGUGUUUCGCGAAUGGGUGGCCAGGAGCACUUUUAUCUUGAAACCCAGGCAUGUCUCUGUGUUUGGAAGCCAGAGGAUGGUGAAAUGGAAGUUUGGAGUGGUACACAGAACCCAACAGAGACGCAAACAUACAUCGCCCAGGUGACUGGUGUGGCUGCGAACAAGAUUGUCUCCCGUGUCAAGCGCCUUGGAGGUGGCUUUGGUGGCAAAGAAACGCGAUCCAUCCAGCUAGCUGGAAUUUGUGCCACUGCAGCCGCAAAGCUGAAGCGACCGGUACGCUGUAUGCUUAAUCGAGACGAAGAUAUCCUAACUUCUGGCCAACGUCACCCAUUCAUGUGCAAGUGGAAGGUGGGAGUCACGAAAGAGGGAAAGCUCUUGGCUCUUGAUGCAGACGUUUACGCCAAUGGUGGUCAUACACAGGAUCUUUCUGGCGCUGUUGUUGAACGAAGUCUAUCACAUAUUGACGGCGUGUACAAGAUCCCCAACGUCAACGUGCGAGGUCGGAUUUGUAAAACAAACACUGUCUCGAACACUGCGUUCCGCGGCUUUGGUGGCCCACAGGGUCUUUUCUUCGCCGAAAGCUAUAUUUCAGAGAUUGCAGACCAUCUGAACAUCCCUGCAGAGGAUCUUCGAGCUCUCAACAUGUAUCAACCUGAUGAAACCACUCAUUUCCACCAACCACUCAAGGAUUGGCAUAUUCCGUUGAUGUAUAACCAGGUCCUGGAAGAGAGCAACUACAACGAGCGACGGAAGGCAGUCACAAAAUACAACAAAGAGCACAAGUGGUCCAAGCGUGGAAUGGCUAUUGUACCAACAAAGUUUGGUAUCUCCUUUACAGCCCUGUUCUUGAACCAGGCGGGUGCCUUGGUACACAUUUAUCACGAUGGUAGUGUUCUUGUGGCCCACGGUGGUGUUGAAAUGGGACAAGGCCUUCACACGAAGAUGGUCAUGAUUGCUGCCGAGGCUCUCAAAGUGCCACAGGACAGCGUCUUCAUCUCUGAGACAGCUACAAAUACCGUUCCCAACACAUCAUCGACCGCCGCGUCGGCUAGUUCCGAUCUUAACGGCUACGCCAUCUUCAAUGCUUGCGAGCAACUCAACGAACGGCUUAAGCCUUACCGUGAGAAGAUGCCAAAUGCGACAAUGAAGGAACUUGCGCACACAGCAUACUUUGACCGUGUCAAUCUCUCCGCGCAAGGAUACUACCGAACUCCUGACAUUGGCUACGUAUGGGGUGAGAACUCCGGUCAAAUGUUCUUCUACUUCACCCAAGGUGUCACCGCUGCCGAAGUCCAGAUUGACACCUUGACGGGUGAUUGGACACCUCUACGCGCUGACAUCAAAAUGGACGUCGGCCGUACAAUCAACCCGUCCAUCGACUAUGGUCAGAUCGAAGGUGCCUAUGUCCAAGGCCAGGGUCUCUUCACCACAGAAGAAAGUCUUUGGCACCGCGCAUCAGGACAGAUCUUUACCCGUGGACCUGGUAAUUACAAGAUCCCCGGUUUCCGUGAUAUACCUCAAAUCUUCAAUGUCAGCCUGCUCAAGGAUGUCGAGUGGGAAAACUUGCGCACGAUCCAGCGCUCGCGUGGUAUUGGCGAACCGCCCCUUUUCAUGGGAAGUGCUGUGUUCUUCGCUAUCCGUGACGCGUUGAAGGCCGCUCGGGAACAGUGGGGUGUCAAGGAAGUACUGAGCUUGCGGAGCCCUGCUACGCCCGAGCGUAUUCGGGUCAGCUGUGCGGACCCCAUCAUUGAGCGCGCCCGAGUUCAGCCAAAGGAGGGCGAGCAGAGCUUCUUUGUUGCUAUCUAG